CAGUGCGGGACGUGGCGGUGGAGUGGAGGUGGGAGGGAGCGGCGCCAUGACCCGCGGAAACCAGCGCGAACUGGCGCGGCAGAAGAAUCUGAAGAAGCAGAGCGACUCGGGCAAGGGCAAGCGGCGGGACGACGGGCUCUCGGCUGCCGCCCGCAAGCAGAGGGACUCGGAGAUCAUGCAGCAGAAGCAGAAGAAGGCCGACGAGAAGAAGGAAGGCAACAAGUAGCGGGCGGCCGUGCCGGGCCGCCGCCCCAGGGCCGGUCCCGCCGUCAGGAUGCCCCGCGCCGCCCCAGGCCGGGUCCCGUCGGGACCCCCGGCAUCGCCCCGCGCCCUGCGGCGCCGUCCCCUAUUAAAGUAGCUGUGGAGCCCUGCA